AUCAGCGGACCAGCUGCAGUGUAGGCAGCAGUGUAGCCAACAAGUCCUGAACGCAUCCUUCCAGACAUGGGUUGCUAUGACUGCUGUAUGCGCUGUUUGGGUGGGGUGCCAUACUGCUCCCUGGUCGCCACACUGCUGUGUUUCUCUGGCAUUGCCCUCUUCUGUGGUUGUGGGCACCAGGCACUCACAGAGACAGAGAGACUCAUCGAGACUUACUUUGCCCGUAACCUUCAGGACUACAUCACCCUUGCCUACAUCAUUCAAUAUUUCCAGUAUGUCAUCUAUGGUUUGGCCUCCUUUUUCUUCCUGUACUGCAUCGUGCUGUUGGCUGAGGGCUUCUACACCACCAGCGUUGCCAAGCAAACCUUUGGAGAGUUCAGGAGCACCAUGUGUGGCCGCUGCCUCAGCUCCUCGUUUAUAGUGUUGACAUAUGUACUGGCUGUGCUGUGGCUGUUGGUGUUUGCCUUCUCUGCCCUGCCUGUCUACUUCUUCUACAACAUGGAUGCCACCUGCCACACCAUCGACGUACUGACUGAGACCCCGGCGAGUAUCAACCAGCUGUGUGUAGAUGCAAGACAAUACGGGCUCCUGCCAUGGAAUGCAGUGCCAGGGAAAGCCUGUGGUAUGACUCUGUCCACUGUUUGCAAGACCAGAGAGUAUCGAAUGACCUAUGACCUCUACAUUGCUGCCUUUGCCGGAGCGGGCAUCACUCUCUUGGCUCUGCUGACCUAUACUGUGUCAACCACCUAUAACUUUGCGGUUCUGCGGUAUCUGGGGAGAAAGGGGAUAGGUGCACGGUGUUAGGCUCACCAGCUUCCUGUCGGCUCUCUCACUACUUCACCACCAACACAGGGGUCUAAAGGGUCAACAACAAUUCUCUCCUUCCACAUCAUCUGCACAGGACCACCACAUGGACUUUUAAAAAACUUGUCUUUAUAUUUUUACUUUCCUUAUUAUAAGGAUAUUAUUGUUUUGUAUUUACUUUUUUUUUU